UGCGGUUGAUUUUACUUGUCGUUCGUUGUUCAUAGAGCUCAACAUUACACUCUCACCGGCGUCUUCAUUCGCCUCUCCAGACACUUUCCCGCACCAGUUGCUACCUGUCUGUGAACCCUCCAAGACUCCUCUUCGCUAUGCCCAACCUGAAACUCGGAGACGUCGUGCCCGACUUCAAGGCCGACACCACUGAUGGCUCCAUCCAGUUCCACGAUUGGAUCGGCGACUCCUGGGCCGUUCUGUUUAGCCACCCGGCGGAUUUCACCCCGGUGUGCACCACCGAAUUGGGGCGGGUCGAGUCCAUGUCGGGAGAGUUCCAGAAGCGGGGUAUCAAGUUGAUUGCCCUCUCUUGCGACGAUGUGGAGAGUCACAAGGGCUGGAUUGAGGAUAUCAAGGCCUACAACAACCUCUCGGCCUUCUCCUACCCUAUCAUAUCUGACCCUAAACGUGAAGUGGCCACGCUCUACGGCAUGAUGGAUCCUGACGAGAAGGAUGCGGCUGGUAUGCCGUUGACCUGUCGUGCCGUGUUCGUCAUCGGCGCGGACAAGAAGCUCAAAUUGGCCAUCUUGUACCCGGCCACCACUGGGCGGAACUUUGACGAGAUCUUACGUGUGAUCGACUCAUUGCAACUGACGGCCACCAAGAAGGUGGCCACGCCUGCCGAUUGGAAGCAAGGCGGUUCUUGCAUGGUUAUUCCCAGUGUCAAGAACGAAGAGGCUGAGAAGCUCUUUCCCAAGGGGUUUAAAGUCCACGACGUGCCCUCUGGCAAGCAGUACAUCCGUACCACUGAACAACCCGAGUGACCAACCCGACCGGAAAGAUGCAUAACUAUCAUUCAAAUCAGGGGCAACAAUAAAAAAAAAACACAUUCCU